GAGCAGAGUACUGGGGUGGAACCCCGUGCAACGUGUGCUUCGACUGCGAAGGGCUGCUUCGCCACGGCCAACGGCGACAACUUCGGGCCGCUGAAGGCCUACCUCCAGCUGCUGGACGAGGGCUGCAUGGCCGUAGCGGCCCAGGAACACCACGUCGCGGAGUCGGAGGUCCCUCGAGCUGAGCGUGAUCUUCGAGACCUGGGCUUCCAUGGGGUGAUUGCCCCUGCGGUCCCCACGGGACAAGGAGGCACCUCUGGGGGUGUGGCCAUCCUGGUCCCCGCGCAUAUUGCUGUGGCUGCUGGCCCCACGCCGCCCGACGGAUGGUGCGAAGGCAAGCGGGGCGUGCUCAGCGCAGGACGGCUUGCUGCAGCACACGUGUAUUGGGGGCCGCCUGGUGGGGUCGUGAUCACGUCCGCGUACUUCGUCACCAGCGUCGGGAUGACCCCCCAGAACCAGCACCUCCUCCAGGUCCUGGCCUCCUACGUCGGCCACGUCAUUGCCAAGGGCCUCGAUUGGAUGGCGAUGGGUGACUGGAACAUGGCCCCCGAGGUGCUGGAGCAGAGGUGGCUGGGACCUGCCCGAGGCUUCUUGGCAGCGCCGUCGGUCCACACCUCCGCCAAGUGCCUGCCUGGCUCGGCGUUGGACAACGCCGCGUGCAGCCGCAACCUUCUGCCCAGGAUGCUGCCGCCGCAGGUGGACGAGGCUUCACCGCUACCGGUGCAUGCGGCGGUCAAGUUCCCGAUCUUGGCGGAUGACCGCGCGCUGUGGAUGCGUGUGCCGCGCGAGCCAGCUGGCUACCACAUCAAGCCAGGCUGUGCCAGGCCGCCGCUCAUGGACCACUGGCAGCAGGCCGACAACAUGAUCCUGGCGGCCUGCGACGACGGCGACCUCCAGUAUUGCUGGGACGAGGUCCUCCGUGGCCUGGAGGCGGAGCUGCUGAAUCGCGCCGACGUUAUGGACGUCCACGCUUGGGCCUCGCUGGCGCGAUGGGCCAAGCACGUGCUGCGGUCGCGAGCGCACUUGACGAGACUGGUGCGGCUCUGCGCGAAGGACCCUGGACCCCGGGUCUUCGGCACGGCGAAGAACUUUGCGGAGCUCUGCUGGUUCUUCGAGCGCAUCGCCAAAGCCCACCACGUUUGGGCGCAUGCCACCACCCAGGUGCGCGAGCUCUUCGCCAAGGGCAUCAUGCUGUUGGUGGAGCUUGAUUUGGAGGUCCUGAUGUCGCAGAUCGCGACGGUCCAGGACAGGCUUGAGCUCAUGAGCUCCUUCGGCCAGGACGAGAGCAUGAGGGGCCCAUACGUGCGAGCAGAUCUGGCGAUGGAUGAGUGGGAGUCG